AAUUAAUUUUUUUUUAAUUCAUGAUUUUUAAUUUCACAAAAAAAAAGGAUUUUGCUUAACUGCCUCUAACUUCCCCUGAAAAAUCUGAGCAUGAAGCAGUGAGGUUGAAUUCAGUUUAUUAUUAUAUCAUAGCUGUUCUUAAUUUUUUUAUUCUUCUUUUUCUCUUUUCUCUCUCAAGUCUUUUUCUUCCUUCCAUCUCUCAAAAACCAUUCACACAUAAUAAAUAUCUACAACAUAGUACACUGUUUUCUCUCUUUCUAACAUUCUCGUACUUGUCGUCUAAACCAAGAUUCUCCAUUCAAACAUUCUCGUACUUGUCUUCUAAACAAAGAUUCUCCUGUUUUUUUUUAUCAUGGGAUUCCUUAGUACACACUACAACUAUAAUAAUUCUUACCCUUCUCAAACUCUUCAAACUAUCGACGACAAUAACUCAGAAACCAUCACUUUCCAACGUCAUGAACAAGAACAACAACUGUUUGAACUUUCGCAACAAAACUACGACUUUUCGUCUUCUUUUCUAGAUGAAACCUUGUUUUUUCCGAGUCCUUAUUUUUACUCCAACGAGACUUAUCCUUGUGAAGAUCAACUAAUCAUUGACUCCACUUUCUCUUGUGAUCAAAACGAUGGUUUUGUUUCCAUGAAUGAGAUUUUCCCAAAUGAUGAAAAAUUCAAUAACUACGUUCUUCCAUGUGCGAAACGACAAAAGCUAGGUUAUGAAGAAACAAACCAACAGCAGCAACAACAUCAGCAACAACAGCAACAUGAACAAGAGCUUUUUUACUCAGCCAAUUUUUGUGUGGAUGAGUUUAUGACUAACCCUUUUACUUCUUUCGAAGUGGAACCGCAUUCCGCUUCGAAUAUGGUUGAUGUUGUGCAAUGUGAGAAGAAGGUUAGCGAAAGGAGUAUCUCGACGCAGAGUAUUGCGGCGAGAGAAAGAAGAAGGAAGAUAUCUGAGAAGACACAGGAGCUUGGGAAGUUGGUUCCUGGUGGACCUAAGAUGAACACUGCUGAGAUGCUUAAUGCUGCUGCUAAUUAUGUUAGGUUUCUUCAAGCUCAAGUUGGAAUGCUUCAAGUUAUGGAAACUUUUAGCAAGGAAGAAAAGGAACCUCCUCCAAGUGAAGAUCUACACAAACUAGUAGUUUCUCCUUUUGUUCAAGAGAAGUUGUAUUCCGAAGAAAAGUGCUUUAUUUCAAAAGAGAUUGUCACAGCAUUGACCAAUCAUGAUGAUGUUAGAUCAAAACCUACAAUCCUUAAGGGUCUUAAACAACUUGUUCGAAGGGAGAUUGAUCAUGAGAAUGAGAAGAAACCAAAACAAGAAUAAUUUUACUUUCUAUGGGUUGUUUUCUCCAUUUUUGAGAGUUGCUUAAUUUAUUUCAUUUUUUUUGAGCCGUGUUGUUGUUAAAUAUGGCUCUUUUCUCAUGAGCUAUUAUAGUUUAGAUUCAAUUUUUGUGUUGUUCAUUUCUU